UUGGGAUGUGUUUUUAUUUUAUCUUCCACUUUCCCCCUCUCUGUUUCUUCUGCCUCCCUCCCUGCGCCCGAGUUGGGUCAUCACUCCAGAUCCCGGGCCCUUGGCACCAUCUGUCAAGACAACCUUAAGAGCGAAUAAUGUAGAUUCAUUAGAGGGUAGGGGGGGAAUGGCAGCGAAAUUAAAAAUAAAUGAAUUCAACGAAUCAGUGUUUCGAUUCUAAUUUUUUUUUCUCAUGAUCCUUUCUGCAAACUUUCCCACCUCACGGUCUCCCAGGAAAACCCCCCUCCUUCUUUCAUCCCCCUCUCUGCAUGCCUUCUGGAUACCGCCGGAGCAAAUGACGGUCGUCUGUAGUUUGUGGCUACUGUAUCCACUCCCACCCACGAUCGUCGGUUUUCUUGGGUUUUCCCCCCUGUUCUUGCCAUUUACCAUGGGUGGCUUGCCUGCUAAGUAUGGGACAGCUGACGGCGCUGCCAGUGUGCGCGUGUGUCUGAGUGUCGGGUUCCAGAGAUCUUGUGCCUCCUACGUAGACCAGAUACGAGGACCUUUUUUUCUUUUCUUUUCUUUUCCCCUAUAAACGCGAAUGCCAUCAUAAAAUGUACAAGUUGUCUUGCAGAAUCUCGGAGUUGGACAUGCAUGAUCCAUUAUUGUU